AUGGCUCCUCCUGCACGCAUCGUUGGUGCGGCUUUGGCACUGUCUACUGCCGCACUCGCAUCACCACUCGCUCUCACCCGCCGACAGAACGGCACUACCCCGACCCAAUGUCCAGGCUACUCAGCCAGCGACAUCCAGACCAGCGCCAAUGGUCUGACUGCAAGACUCACCCUGGCCGGCUCGCCUUGCAACGUCUACGGCACUGAUCUCGAAGACUUGACCUUGACUGUUGAGUAUCAGACUGACAACCGCUUGCACGUCCUGAUUCAGGAUGCCGCCCAGCAAGUCUACCAGCUCCCCGAGUCCGUCUUCCCUCGACCUGCCUUCACCGGUGUUGACUCCACCGCGAGCAACCUCGACUUUGACUACGUCGAGAGCCCCUUCAGCUUCACCGUGAAGCGCAAGUCCUCGGGCGAGGUCCUGUUCGAUACUUCAGCAGCUUCGCUGAUAUUUGAGGAUCAAUACGUGCGCUUGAGAACAUGGGUACCAGACGAGCCGAACCUGUACGGCACUGGAGAGCACACCGAUCCAUUCAAGCUGAACACGAGCAACUACACACGCACAGCAUGGAACCGUGAUGCAUACGGUACCCCGCCUGGCACCAACCUCUACGGGACCCACCCAGUCCACUACGAUCACCGUGGCGCCAAUGGCACGCACGCUGUGUUCCUGCUCAACUCAAACGGCAUGAAUUACAAGAUCGACGACAGCGAUGGCACAUACCUCGAGUAUGACUUGCUUGGUGGAGUCUUAGACUUCUACUUCGUGGCGGGCCCCACUCCUGUGGAAGCUUCCAUACAGUACUCGGAGAUUGUGGGCAAGUCUGCCAUGCAGCCGUACUGGGGCUUUGGUUUCCACCAAUGUCGUUAUGGAUACCAGGAUGUCUACAACGUUGCUGAAGUGGUUGCAAACUACUCUGCGGCCAACAUUCCUCUGGAGACUAUGUGGACCGACAUCGACUACAUGCACCUGCGAUGGGUCUUCACCCUCGACGAGGAUCGCUACCCACUCGAACUCAUGCGAGAACUGGUCUCGACACUGCACGAACGCCAACAGCAGUACAUCGUGAUGGUUGAUCCAGCGGUUGCGUACCAAGAUUAUGAUGCUUUCAACAACGGAGUUGAGGACGACAUCUUCAUGAAGAAGAACGGGAGCAUCUACAAGGGUGUUGUCUGGCCUGGUGUUACCGCUUUCCCUGAUUGGUUCCAUCCAAACACUCAGAACUACUGGGACGAGGAAUUCCUGAGCUUCUUCGAUCCUGACGCUGGUGUGGACAUUGAUGGGCUCUGGAUCGACAUGAAUGACCCCAGCAACUUCUGCAACUACCCGUGCAGCAACCCUGAGCAGGAAGCACAAGCGCUUGGCAACCCACCACGACCACCAGCCGUUCGACUCGGAUCUCCUCGUCCUAUUGCUGGCUUUGGACCAGAUUUCCAGCCCAUUUGCAAGGCUCAAAUCACCUUCAACGUGGUCGCAGAGACCUUCUUCGGCGAGAACAUCAUCGUCUACGGCAAUGUCUCGACCAUUGGUGGUGCUGACAUCACAAAUGCGGCACCUCUUGGCGCAACCAACUACCCGACGUGGAGUGCAACCAUCGACUUUCCUGCCAACACUGUUGUCUCUUUCCAGUAUGUUCGUGCUCAACCCGAUGGCACUUACGUUUACGAGGCUUCGAACCAUACCAUCACUACUGGUUCUUGCAACAGCACGGCCCAAGCGACCAAUGACACUAUCACCACGACCUCGCCACCUCAGAGCGCGAAGGUCAGACGCUCUGCCGCCUUCUCAGCGAAGAGACACCACACUUCGUUCAACUACAAGCGACAAGCUACUGGUGACAAGAAGGGUCUUCCUGGACGCGAUCUCAUCAACCCUGCCUACAACAUCGAGAACGAAGCGGGCCGCCUGAGCAAUAAGACAGCAGACACCGAUAUCGUGCUCUACAACGGACUUGUCGAAUACGACACACACAACCUCUACGGCUCCAUGAUGUCCGAGUCUUCUCGCAUUUCUAUGCUUGCCCGUCGUCCAGCACUCCGACCGCUCAUCAUCACUCGUUCCACAUAUGCUGGCGCAGGCGCACAAGUCGGCAAGUGGCUUGGUGACAACAUCUCGAACUGGUUCUCCUAUCUGAUCUCCAUCAAGGAGAAUCUCGAGUUUAGCGCCAUGUACCAAGUGGCAAUGGUCGGAUCUGAUGUGUGUGGCUUCGGCUCUGACACGACUGAGAAUCUCUGCGCACGCUGGGCAAUGAUUGGUGCCUUCUCGCCAUUCUACCGCAACCACAACCAGAACGACGCAAUCUCGCAGGAGUUCUACCUUUGGCCGAUCGUCACCUCUGCCGCUCAGAAUGCCAUCGACAUUAGGUACAGACUGCUUGACUAUUUCUACACGGCUUUCCACCACCAGAACCAGACCGGCACGCCCAGCAUCCAGCCAAUGUUCUACCAUCACCCGGAUGACGCGAACACCUUCUCGUUGGGCUACCAGUUCUACUACGGCCCUGGUCUGCUUGUGGCGCCAGUCACAGAAGAGGACAGCACAACGGCCACUUUCUACCUCCCAGAUGAGAUCUACUACGACUUCUACACGCACGCCACAAUCGAAGGCACCGGCGCCAACUAUACCGUCAACGAUGUUGCAUACGACUCCAUCCCGCUCUACUACAAGGGUGGCAACAUCUUGGCCCAGCGUGUCAACUCCGCCAACACGACCACCGAGCUGCGCAAGCAGAACUUCGAGAUCAUCAUUGCUCCAAGCCGAGACGGCACUGCCGAAGGCGACCUCUAUUUCGACGACGGCGUCAGUGAGGUCCAGUCGAGCACCUCUCUGAUCCACUUCGACUACUCCGCAGAUGGUACCUUCCGCAUGACGGGCCAAUUCGGCUACGACUCUCGCGUUGUCAUCGAGAGCAUCACAGUCCUCGGCAGCACUGUCAGCAACUCGACUCUCGGCACAGCGCGCACAAAGGUCGUGGACAACCAGCAGAUCUCGCUGCAGCAAGAGUAUGAAGCGCAGGUAUAG